AUGUAUGUUCUUUCUAAGAAGCUCCAAAUUCUCAAAGGAAAUCUCAAAGCUUGGAACAAAAAUGUUUUUGGGAAUGUGCAGGAUCAUGUUAAGACAGCAGAGAAGGAUUUAGGUUGCAUUCAGGAGGAAAUUUCACAACAGGGAUACAACAAUGAAUUGGUUGUCAAGGAAAGGGAGGCUCAAGCUAAAGUGAAUCUGGCUCUUAAUUAUGAGCAGGCCUUCUGGAAAGAAAAGGCAAGAGUGCAAUGUCACACAGAGGGGAUCAUAAUACUAAAUUCUUCCACAGAGUUACAAAAAUAA